AUGCAUAGUGGUCGUUCAAAGGCUGCUUCAGUCACAGAAGGAGACCCUGCAUUUCCGAAGAAACUAAGUUGUGUACUUUGUAACAAAGAAAUGCGUGGUGGUGGAAUUACUAGGCUUAAGGAGCAUAUCACACAAAUCAGGGGGAAUGUUUCUUCAUGUUUGAAAGCAUCGGCUGAAGUUAUAAAUGAAAUUAGACUAGCUGACAAUAUAAAGAAGUUAAAGAAAUCUCACAGGGAUGAUGUUGAUGCUAUGUAUCGGCGUACAAAAUCUGAUGAGAAGUCUGAUGCUGAUACUGAUGAUGAGGACCUUGAUGUGCAAGAAACAAACCACCUUAAAACUCAACAAACCACUCUUGAAAGAAACAGUUCAGCAAAAGAGAAGUUACUGAAAGAUGCAUGGAAAAGCAUUUCAGCUUGGAUGACUGAGAAUUCCAUAUCUUUUAAUAUUGUUCGUUGUCCAAGUUUCCAAGAAAUGAUAUAUGCAAUUGGUGAAUAUGGGAAAGCUAUGCCCGCGCCAUCUUACCAUCAGAUUCGUACAAAUCUUUUCAAGGAGCAGUUAGAAGAAAUGAAGAAGUUUGUUGAUACAUUUAGGGUACAUUGGAAGAGGUAUGGAUGUUCUAUUAUGUCCGAUGGUUGGAAAGAUGGGAAAAAGCGACAUCUUAUCAACUUCUUGGUGAAUUGUCCGAAAGGGUCAGUUUUCUUGAAGUCUGUGGAAGCGUCAGAUAGAACCAAUGAUGCUGAUUUCAUACGUGAGCUUGUAAAGGAGGUAAUUAAUGAUGUUGGGAAAGAAAAUGUGGUUCAGUUCAUUACCGAUAAUGGUUCAAACUUUAAAAAGGCUGGGAAGGAUUUAAUGCUUGAAUACCCAAAUCUAUUUUGGACUCCUUGUGGUGCUCAUUGUGUCCAGUUGAUGCUAGAAGAACUUGGUGACAAGCUUACACGAAUCAAGACAGCCGUCAUUCUAGGUAAAAUACUUGUUACAUACAUUUAUGCUCAUUUUCAAGUAUUGUGCUUGAUGAGGAAGAUGACAGGUGGAGACUUACAUAGGUCUACAAAGACUAGAUUUGCAACUCAGUAUUACACACUAGAAAGUCUUCAAAAGUAUAAAAAUCCUUUACAAAUGAUGUUUGUGAAUGAUAGGUGGGCAAAAAGUAGAUUUGCAAAAGAAAAUGUUGGAAUUAAUGCACUUAAAAUUGUUACAAGUAGUACAUUUUGGGAAGAUGUUGAUUACUCUUGUAGUGUGUUUAAGCCUUUAGUUAAGGUUGUAAGACUAGUGGAUAUCGAGCGCAAACCUACGAUGCCUUGUUUUUAUGAUGCAAUGAGAAUAGCAAGGGAUCAAUUAGAGAAGAAUUUCAGCGAAGAUUAUGAUACUUGGGCUGUAAUUAAUGCUUGCUUUGAGAAAAGAUGGAAAAAAAACUUCAAUCAUGCUCUACAUUGUGCUUCAUAUUAUUUGAAUCCAUCCAUAUUCUACAACAUUGAAACUUAUGAAAUGGAUAGUAAUGAAAAGUACAUAGAAAUCAAAAGGGGACUUCAUACAGCAAUGGAAAGGCUUAUACCCAAUGAAGAUGAGCUUGAUCAAGCUACAAGUGAAUUGAGAAAGUAUGCUGAUGCUGUUGGGAUCUUGGGAAGUCCAUCUUGCAAAAGAAGAAGAACCAAGGAUCAACCUCAUGAUUGGUGGAUUACAUUUGGAGGAAUCGAUGUGCCUAACCUGCAAAAAUUUGCAAUCAGAGUAUUGAGUCUUACUUGUUCUGCUUCCCCAUGUGAGCGAAACUGGAGCACAUUUCAAAAUUUGCACUCGAAAAAACGAAAUCACAUAAAAAACAGAUUUGAAUGA